AUGUCGAAGAAUCCCAUCAUCUACUACUUUCGCGGCGAGGAGGGUUUCCGGGGCCGCGCGGAGGUCUUCAAGCUUGCUCUCGCCUCGCAGGGCACGCCGUUCGAGGUCCACGCGGCGAACUACAAGGAGAUGAAGGCGGACCGCGGGCCGCACUCGAAGUACCCGUUCGCGCAGUGCCCGCGGUUCGUCGACGACGAAGUUGACAUGGUCCAAAGCAACGCCAUUUGCCGCCACAUUGCACGCAAGUACAGCCUCUACGGCGACGGCUCGCGCGCGCAGGCCGCGCUUGUCGACAUGUGGCUGGACGGCGUCGAGGCGCUGCGGGGCGCGUACUCGUCACUGAUCUACGCGGACAGCCUCGAGAGCGCGGCGCUGGCGGCCUACCGCAAGAAGCACCUGGACCCCGCGACGGUGGGGGAGCGCAACAACGGAGCGCACUUCGCGUACCUCGAGGACCUGCUCGCGCGGAACGGCGGAGCGCAGGCCUUCUGCGUGGGCGACAGGCUCUCGAUCGCGGACAUCGAGCUGUGGGAGAUUUGCGACAUUCACAAGAACAUUGUUGGGGACGACUUGAAGCAGCACUAUCCGGGACUAUUGGGCCACCACGCGCGCAUCGCUGAGCUUCCAGGCAUCAAGGAGUACCUCGCGGGGCCGCAGCGGCUGAAACAGAUCAACGCGAACGGCCUCGGACAGCCCCCCGAGUGA